AUGUCUCUUGCCGCUUUCCGAGGCACCUCGCGUGCUCUCCGCACCCUGCCGAGAUGGGCUGUGGCGACGGCGGCGACGACCUCGAUCGUCCGCUUCCCGGGCCUCGCUCAGGCCCGGCCCCAGUCGUCGGCCUCGGCCUCGUCCGCCGCCUCUCUCGACGGGCAGCAAAGUGUACGACAUGAAUCUACUUCUGCCUCUGCUGACUCCGGAGCUCCUGCUCGUGGUCUUGGUGCUGAUGCUGAUGCUGGUCAAAAGUUGCUGUCUUCCCACCUGCGCGAGGCCGACCCGGCCGUCUUCGACAUCAUCGAGAAGGAGAAGAAGCGCCAAAAGCACUCCAUCAACCUCAUCCCCUCCGAGAACUUUACCUCGCAAGCCGUCCUCGAUGCGCUAGGCAGUGUUAUGCAGAACAAGUACUCGGAAGGAUACCCAGGCGCGAGAUAUUAUGCCGGCAAUGAGUUCAUUGACCAAUCCGAGCGAUUGUGUCAGCAGAGAGCUUUGGAGACGUUCGGUCUGAGCGAUAAGGAGUGGGGAGUCAAUGUUCAGUCUCUCUCUGGCGCACCGGCGAACCUCUAUGUCUACUCCGCUUUGAUGAAUACACACGAUAGAUUAAUGGGCCUCGACUUGCCCCACGGCGGCCACUUGUCCCACGGUUAUCAGACGCCUACCAAGAAGAUCUCGGCCGUCUCCAAGUAUUUCGAGACUGUGCCGUACAGGCUUGAUGAGGAAACUGGCCUGAUUGAUUAUGCCAAGCUGGACGAGCUGGCCCAAAUAUACAGACCCAAGAUCAUUGUGGCUGGAGCCAGCGCGUACGGCCGAUUUAUCGAUUACAAGGCCAUGAAGGAUACGGCUCAGAAGGUCGGCGCCUAUCUCGUCGCCGAUAUGGCCCAUAUCUCCGGAAUGGUCGCCGCUAAGGUCCUCCCAAGCCCCUUUAACUAUGCCGACAUUGUGACGACCACCACCCACAAGAGUUUGCGUGGUCCCCGGGGCGCUAUGAUCUUCUACCGAAAGGGUGUCAGAUCGAUCAACAAGAAGAAGGAAGAAGUUAUGUACGACCUUGAAGGUCCCAUCAACGCCUCGGUCUUCCCCGGUCACCAGGGCGGUCCUCAUAACCACACCAUCACCGCGCUUUCGGUUGCUCUCAAGCAGGCACAAAGCCCGCAGUUCCGCGUGUACCAGGAGCAGGUGCUUGCCAACGCUCAGGCUUUUGCCAAGCGCCUCGGCGAGUCCAAGAGCUCUGGUGGUCUUGGCUACAAGGUGGUCAGCGGUGGCACGGACAACCAUCUCGUCCUGGUCGACCUGAAGCCGCAGAAGGUUGACGGCGCACGUGUGGAGCGCGUGCUAGAGCUGGUAGGUGUUGCCAGCAACAAGAACACAGUUCCUGGAGACAAGUCGGCCAUGAUCCCUGGUGGUCUCAGAAUGGGAACUCCGGCCAUGACGACUAGAGGCUUCAAUGAGGAGGACUUUGUGCGUGUUGCCGACAUUGUUGACCGUGCUGUCACCAUCGCAGCUCGUGUCGACAAGGCCGCCCGCAAGGCCACCGAGGAGAAGGGCGACAAGUACAAGCUGCGCUCUUUCUUCGACCACCUGGGAAGCGGUGAGGAUGAUGCCGAGAUUGUCCAGCUACGCGCAGAAGUCGCUGACUGGGUGGGCACCUACCCAUUGCCAUGGAUCGAGGAGGAGAAGGCGUGA